AUCAGUUCUGUAGAGAAGCAGACCACAUCAGUAACAGCCGCCAUUGAUCAGCAGGGUGAGCGCGGGGCAAGCCAGGUUCCGCAGUCUUUCUCAAGGCAGGUGCCUUGUUUUUCUCUCCGCAUUGCUGAGGCGGAGCUGCGUAGUUGUGUGCCACGAAAUGGCAGGCGGUAAGGGAGGGAGGAAGAAGAAGAGCAAAGGAGGGUCGCAGGGAGGUGACGGAGGAAAGACUCCUGGACCAGUUGCAACAUCCGCAGCAGCCGUGCCAGCAACAGCUGAAGCAACAGCCGCGUCAGGAGUAGCCGCAGCAUCUGACGCUCGCAAUGGCCCGUCAACUGCAGCAAUUCCUUCAGCCACCCCUCCCUCGGCUGCCGCAAAACCCGCCGCGUCUCCCGCUCAAAAAUCCGCUCCGGUUUCUUCAUCAGCGACCGUAGCAGGAACGUCCGCCGCCGGCGGGGCCGCUGCUCCGUCUGGCGAUGGCGUUUCCGUUAAGAAGGCGACAGGGAAAGCAGCACCUUCCGCGAAAGUGGGAUCCGCCUCAGCUUCUGCAUCUGCUUCUAAGGCGUCUGCUAAGGCUGCCGACGCGGACGAGGAUGUGUUCCACGCGCGUGCCAUGGAGCUCAAGGGGGAGGGCAACCAGCAUUUCCAGGCGCGCGAGUAUGCAGCAGCCAUGGAGCGAUACGGCAAGGCCAUCAAGCUUCUGCCCGCCACCCACACUGAUAGAGCCGUUCUGCACAGCAACCGCGCCGCAUGUCUCCUGCAGAUGCGCCCAGUCGAGUAUGAGAGGGUGAGGGAGGAGUGCGACAUAAGCCUCUCCCUCAACCCGGGCUUCUCCCGGGCGCUGCUAAGGCGGGCCAAGGCGCUGGACGCGCUGGGAGAGAAGGAUAAAGCCGAGGCUGACGUGGACGCUAUUCUCAAGGCGGAACCCACCAACCAGGACGCGUGGGAGAUCAAGAGACGGCUGCAAAAGCUGAAGGCAGCUGCUGCCAGCAAGCAGCCCUCCUUCCUCGCUGCCUCUGCCUCCGCUGUAUCCUCCUCGUCCCCGCCCCUCUCCACCACCCCCCAAACCAUCCCCACUGCUUCCACCCCCUCUGUCACACCAUCCCCAUCCACAUCUGUUCCUACCCCUGCUAUUGCCAACCAAGCAACAGUGGCACAGGCCUCCCUUGAUGAAACCCCAUCUUCCUCCUCUCCUCCUAAACCCACGGCUAAGGCCUUGAGUGCUGGUUCGGCUGCUGGUUCGGCCUCUGGUCCGGCUUCUGGUUCGGCUGCUGCUCCGGAUUCUGGUUCGGGCUCUGGUCCAGAUGAUGGUUCGGGGGGUGGCAUGAGCCACAUGCCGCAGCUGCCGCCCAGAAAAAAGCCGGCAGCAGCGGAAACAGGGGCAGAGGCAGCCGCAGGGGGGGCUGGAAUGAAGGGGGACGGACAGACCAAGGCUGGGAGAAAAGGGGUGUCGUCUGUAGGGGCAAGGAGGGGAGGAGGCGGAAGAGGAAAGGGGCGAGUGGAGAUGGUGAAGGAGAAACGGGUAGUGAUGAGAAAGGUGGUGAGGAAGCGAGUGCAGCGGGUGGUGAGGAGGCGCAGGGAGGAGAGGCGAGUGCCGACGGUGCGGGUGAAAGUGACCCUGGCGACGGGCAGAGACACGAGGCUGGGCCAAAUGCCUGUGGGAUGUGGGUUUCAGCAGCUGCUCAGAAUCGUUGGUGCCUGCUUCCCCCAUUUAAACGGCAAACCCUUGCUCCUUCACUACACCGAUGCCGAGGGUGACCUCAUUACAAUCACGUCCAAGGAAGACAUUGCAACUGCGCUCAGCAUCUCAAGGGCUGCAUCAGAGGCAGCAGCAGCAUCAGUGCAGGCAGCAAUAGCAGGAGCCGGGGCACGGGCAGUUGGCGCUGUAUCACCGGCAGCAACAGCAGCGGUGGCAGCAGCUGCAGCAGCAAGAGAAGCAGCAAAGGCAGCAGCUGCUGCUGCAGUGGCGGCAGCAGAUGCAGAGUCUGCACUUGCUGCGUGUCUAGGAGCUGCUUCUUUGGGUGCUGCUUCCUCGGGUGCUGCAUCUCUCGGUGCUGCUUCAGCUGCUUCGGUGGUUGCUCCACCUGGUGCUGCCAGUGCUGCAGUGGCAACGGCUGAGGCAGCACAAGAGGCAGCGCCAGAAGCAAAGGUGGAGGCCGGGCCAGGAAUGAAGGCUCAAUCCAAGUUGGAAAAGCAGAGCGAAUCUGAAGAGCUGAGUCAAUCAGAAUUAGCCGCCAAGAAAGCAAGUGACUUAUCUGGUGAUGGCGACAGCAGUGGGUUAUCUGUGGGCACACCCUCUGCAACCACCACCACCACCACCACCAGCACUGCCCCUACCGUUGCUGCUACCAUCACCAUUUCACCCACCACAGCCAUCACCACCAGCACCAGCAGCAGCAGCAGCAGCAGCAGCAGCAGCAGCAGCACUGCUAUUGACACAGUGCUUCGGCUGCACGUGACGCCUCUGAGCCAAUCAGAGCAGGUGCAGGCGCCAGCUGUACCUGCUGACGAUGCUGACGUGGCAGAGGUGGAGUGGGAGGAGGUGGAGGAGGAGGGAGAGGAGGAGGUGGAAGUGGAAGAGGAGGAGGAGGUGGAGGAGGAGGUGGAGGUGCCUGUGAGUGUGCGGGAAGAGGGAGGAGAGGAGGGAAAGGAGGGAGAGGAGGAGGGGGAGGAGGAUGGAGAGGUGGGAGAAGCAGACGGGGAGGAGGAGGAAGAGGGGAAAGAAGAGGGGGAGGAGGAGGAAGCACAGCAGGAGGUGUUGGUGGAUUCGUGGAUUAUUCAGUUUGCCGACCUUUUUAGGGAGCGGCUGGGCAUUGAUUCGCUCGCCAGCUUUGACCUGGCGGAUGCUGACGUGGCGGCAGUUAACAGGGCGCUGGAGGGGACGGUGGAGGCGGAGGAAGCUUCCGAGUUGCUGCAGCAGGCAGCUGCCAAGUUUCAGAGCAUGGCAGCGGUGGCGCAUCUCAACUGGGGCAACACCUUUGUCUGGAUGGCUCGGCGCAGGCUCGGGCUCAAGCCUGCUCCCGAACCUCCCACCAAAGCCCCUGGCAGUGCCACCGCCGCUGCGGCUGGUGGUUCCUCUGGAGCUGCUGCCGGCUUGGAAGACAUGAAAGGAGGCACAGAGAAAGGAGAGGUGGAAGAAGGAGAGAAGGGGGAGGUGCGAGGAGAGAAGGGGGCCGAAGAGGCAGACAAGGGGGGGAUGGAAAUGGACAAGGGGCGGGCGGAGAAGGAGAAGGAGGCGCUGCGGGAGAUACGGGGAGACCCGGAGAGGAGGGCAGUGAAGGUGGGGGAGGUGGAGGCGGCCCGGGGGGUGCUGGAGCAGGCCCGGGAGAAAUACGAGGCGGCUCUCACCGUGCAGCCCAACCUGCCAGAUGCCCUGCUGGCUCUGGGUCAGUGCUUCGUGGAGAUGGCGCGCGCAGAGGAGUUCCUUGCCGUGCUGGAAGGGGAGGAGGGCGGGGAGGGGGAUGCGGGAGAGAAGGGCGACGAGGGAGACGAGGGAGGGAAGGGAGAGAAUGGGGAGAAGGACAGUGAAGGGAAGAAGGGGAGUGAUGGGGGAGAAGGGAAGCGGAUGAGAGGAGUGCUGGAGUGUUUGUCUCAAGCAGAAGAGAAGUUCACUGCUGCUGUCAAGGCGUGCGACACAAUCGAGCAGGACCAUUUGAAGCAACACGAAGCAGCAGCAGCAGCAGCAGCAGCAGCAGCAGGCGGGGAAGUAGAGGGGGAGAUGGAUGAGCAUGAGCAAGCACAUGGUGCCAAGCAUGGCCAUCCGGAUCACAAGCAUGGGCCAGGAUGUAACCAUGACCAUGGGCAUGGGCAUGGGCAUGGGCAUGGGCAUAGUCAUGGGCAUGAGCAUAGUCAUGAGGGUCACAAGCAUGGGCCAGGAUGUAAUCACGACCACGACCAUGGUCAUCCAGGGGACCAGGAUGGAUUCCUUGCUGAUGUGGCGGCAUUCAGGCAGAAUGUGAAUCUCCAGCUGGCCAAUUGCGUGUUUGACAAGUCUCAGGUCCAGUUCAAGCUUUCUGACUCUGGAUGGGAGUCAUCCCUGGAGGCGGCUGUUGAGGCGUUCAAGGGCAUGGGGGUUUCAGAAGAGGAGAUUCAGCGUGUGGUUAGCACACAUGCUUCUUCACAGGCAGAGGGGACAUCUCUUCAGGCCUAGGUUUCGCCCAUUAGUUUCCAGUUCUGUUGCAUGGACGUAUACAGUAGCGCAGUGAUUUUUCUUCCACUUUGACUGCAGCCUCUAAAUUUGGUAAUUAUCAGCCCUGUGAUGGGAAAGGCUUCUAUUUGAGCAGUCAGAUCCUGCCAGCAUUUACUCCAGGCACUUUUCAUUGAUACCCAUGGA